AUCGCGGCGUGCUUAAUUUCGAUUGAUCGUUCGCUCGUUCUUUGUAGAAUUCAAAUAGAGGUUAUGUCGGUGUUUAAAACAUGUUUAUAUCGAAAUGUAUUAUAAGUUAAAACUCCAUGACGAUAAAUGUACUUGUCAGCGUUUUAUUAUUUUUUAAAGUAACGCAAGCCGUUUUAAAUCAAAAUAAAUUUUAAUUAUAUAUAAAAUAUAACCAAAUAUGACGGAUUGUCAAAUACACAAUGUGCGGUUUUAUAAUCUGGAACCCAAGAUGAUUAGCUGUUUGGCGUAUUGUAAACAGAAUUCGAAACUAGCAUUAACAAGACAAGAUGCUUCAAUAGAAAUUUGGGAUUUAUCAUAUGCCCCUCAUUUGGAAAAAACAAUACAAGGCACUGCUGAUGGUUCUAUUGAAGCUAUUGCAUGGUCUCGAGGAAGAUUAUUGUCGACAGGUCUGGGGGGUUUUCUAGUACAAUGGGAUUUGCAACUAUUGAAACCUAAGCGAACAUUGGCAGUUACUGGAAAUGCUGCAUGGUGUCUUGAUGUGAAUAGAACUAAUACACAAAUUGUUAUAGGAACCGAGCAAGGAUAUCUAAAUCUAUUUACUAUUAGUAAUGACGAUAUUAUAUAUGAUAAAAUUCUUGAUAAACAAGAAGGAAGAAUUUUAUGUUGCAAAUUUAAUACUACUGGAGAAUACAUAGUAACAGGUUCAGUUGAUAUAAUUAGAAUAUGGAAUUCGAAAUCUGGUCAUGCCAUACACAAAAUGACUACAGGCCGAUCUGAAAGCAAUAAAGAAACCAUUGUUUGGUGUCUUGCUGUAACUGAAGACUUCACAAUUAUAUCUGGUGAUUCGAGAGGAAUAAUAACUUUUUGGGAUGGGAAUCUUGGAGCUCAAAUUGAAUCCUUGGAAACACACAAAGCAGACAUAUUGACAAUGUGCUUAAGUGAUGAUCAACAGUCAUUUUAUUGUGCCGGUGUUGAUCCAAACAUAUCUCAUUUUGCUAGAAUUAAAGUUAAGAAGGGCGAGUCUGGAUAUGUUUACAAGUGGGUUAGAAGUGUUCAUAGGAAAAUACAUGAUCAUGAUGUGAGAGCAUUGACUUUAUGUGAAGGGAAAGUUGUCAGUGGUGGGGUGGAUUGUUACUUGAAUAUAUCUAGUUAUCCUCCUAAAACAUUGCACAAAUAUCCACCUUUGUUGCAGAAGCCCUGCGUAACUGUAUGUACAGAAAGCAGACUUCUUUUGUUACGGCAUCAUUCUCACAUGGUAGUUUGGAAGUUAGGCGAAGCCAAACAAAACCAACCACAAACUGCAAGAACUAUUCCCUUAGAAACUAGUCCUCAGAAAUUAUUGCUGAUGUAUAGUAAAGGCAGAGAGCACAUAGUUUGUUGCUCUUUAAGUCAGAAUGGAAAGUGGUUAGCUUAUAGCACAGAUACUGCUUUUAGAAUUUUCAAAUUUAUCUUGAAUGACAAUGAUAUGUGCACUAUUGAAAGGAUGGGAUUUUAUAUACCUGAAUUUGUUUAUGCCACUAGAAUAGAGUUUACUAAGGAUAAUUCAUUUAUAAUUGUUGUUACAAGAAAGAUGACUCUAGAAGUAGCAAUGUUAACAAAAGAUGAAGUUAGUCAUGUUCAAACCAUAGAUUUAUCUUCAGUAUUCAGUGAUCUGGUACAUAUCCUCAAUGUAUCAGAAAAUUAUUUGGUACUUGCUGCAUUAUGUGGAGGACUUGCAACUUACACUCAAAGUUCAGAUGGUCAUUACAUUCCACAUCGAGUUUUGCCACGUUAUCAUUGCCCUGUUACAGCUUUAGGAUUAUCACCUUUUGAUCACCUAGUUGCAGUUUAUUCGGACCAUAAGAUGAUAGAAUAUGACCUAAAUAAUCAGCAAUUUACAGAAUUCUCUCAAUUUUUAUCAAGUCGUCAUCCUCGAGAUUGGUUAAAUAGAUCUACAAUUAUAGAGCAUGUAACUUUUGAUCCACUUAAAAAAGAGAUAAUAUUACUUCAUGACGAUACCAUGAUAUGUGUCAUUGAUAAAGUUAAAGCAUUUAAGCAAAUGGCUGAAGACAAUUCGAAGCUUAUGAAAUUAGAUCAGAAUGGAAGCAAUGGCGAUUCAUCUCAAACUAAACCACAAUUUAAAAUUAUAAAGAAAUAUAAGCAUCUUGUCCAUCUUGGUUGGUUAGCAGAAAAAGAAAUGGUAGCUGUAGAAAUAAAUCCUUUGACAUUGACCGAACAAUUACCACCCCCAAUUUAUGAGAAGAAAUUCGGUUGUAUGUAAUGUGCCUAUACAAAGUUGUUUUCCUUGUAACUUAUGAUUAAGU